GGUUGACAUAAGUCCACAGGGAUAGGCCUGUUGGGAUAUUUAACGACAGGAAUCCAUAACACGCCCUUAUGCCUGGAGUCUGUUGUAACUGUUCAGCGUGACGGAGGUCUUGCCUACCUGCUUGUUUAACAGGAGCUGGAAACCGGGAAAAACACAAAGCAAGCUGAAAAGAAUGGACAUUAAAAGCAUUAAAGGGAAUGAAAUGUGGUGGGGGACUCUGGGUACAAUCCGACCUUUUCCUGGCUUUAGCCCUGAGGUUGAUGCCCGUGAUAUUCAAACAGCCUUGGAUAAAAAAGAUGUGGGCGCUUUGGUGGGAAUUCUGACCAAUCGAAAUAAUGCCCAGAGACAAAAAGUUGCAGAGGCCUUCCACCAAGUCUCCCAGAAGGACCUGAGUCCAGCUCUGAAAAAAACUCUCUCAGGACCCUUGGAAGAGCUAAUGCUGGCUCUGAUGAUGACCCCAGCUCAGUUUGAUGCCCACCGCCUGCGUCAGGCAAUGGAGGGUAUGGGCACUGAUGAGGAGGGGUUAUUGGAGGUCUUAUGCUCCCGGACAGGGCCACAGUUAAAGGACACCAUGGUAGCUUACAAGCAAGCAUUUGGACGCUAUCUGGAGAAAGACUUGGAGAGUGAGACCAGCAAAGAUUUUACCAAGCUUGUCCUGGCCCUUGUGAUGAAAGAGGAAAGAAACCCAAAAGGACUGAUCGACUAUCAUCUGAUUGGUGAGGAUGUAAAGGCUCUCGCUGCAGCAAUAACUGGUAAGAAAACUGACACGACCCCAUGGAUACAGAUAUUAACAUCACGAGACCUAGACCAUCUCAAUAGAGUGUUUCAAAGACUACACAUUUUAAAAGGAGAGACCAUAGAGAAAAUGGUCCAGAAUAACUUCUCAGGAGACUUGAAACUUGGUCUGCGCAUACUAGUGCAAUGCAUCCAGAACACUCCACUUUAUCUGGCCCAGCGUCUGCAUGGUUCCAUGAAGAAAAGCAACAUAGUGCGAGGAAUAAUGGUGGGCCGCAGUGAAGAUGACUUACUUUGUGUGAGGAGAGAGUUCAAAAAGCUUGCCAACACUUCUCUGUACUCCACAAUUGAGAAAGAGUUUAAAGGGGAUCUGCAAAAAGCUCUGUUGGCACUGUGUCGAUCAGAGGACCUGUAGAGGAGGAAAGAGGAAUAUGAGAAUCCUGUUUAGCAUAUUUAUUUUGUACAUGUAUUCUCCACAAAUAAAUGUACAUUUUGAG